GGAAGAAGGCGGGAGAGACAGGGAGCUUCAAAGAACACAGACACAAAUUCGGGAUCUACUGAAUCCAUGGAGCUCUCUGAUGAUGAGCGUAUUGGUCUGGUCGGGUUUCUGAGCGAGCACGUGAACAAGAACCAGCUCGAGAUGGUGGAACACAAAGCCUGGACCUGCCUUAAAGACGAUGCUGAUCACAAGAUUCUCAAAGGCAUCCGGAAGUUGGUGUUCGUGCGCAUGGACAGCCCCGAGAGCAUGUCUCAGUCCAACUUCAACAACCUAGUUAACAGACGCUUGGGGUUACCUCCGGGGCAGCAACAGCAACAGGGUGGUUCUGCCAAUGCAGCGAAUAGCAGCACUCCCAACCAUGCGGGUAGUGCCGGCGGGGGCGGUGGCGGACCCAGAGGAGGCCCUGCUCAAAGGGCCAACCAUAGUGGCGCCGUAAACGGUAACCCCAACCCUGCCAGUGGCGGUUCCGGGGGCGGAGGUGGAUCUGGACAAGGCUCUGCUCAAGGGGCCAGCCGCGUUGGCCCUUCUAACGGUAGCCCCAGCCCUGCGGGUGGUGGUUCCCGGAGUCGCGGAGGCGAUUCUGCUCAAUCGCCCAUCCAUGUGUCUGCGGUAGAGUUAGAAGACACCGACGAAGAAGAAGGAAACACCAUGUCUGAGCACGACCAGAACGACGACAACGGGGAAGAUUCCGACGGGGGGGAUACCGACCUCGAGGAUACCCCCGCGGCGAAAUAUGAAGAGCACAAAUCCGGCUUCCUUCAGCGCCGUAGAUGGAAGGUGAAGGAGUUCGAGCCUCCGGGAGAGCCGCCCGGGAACGGCUACUGGGUCGAUCCAAGUAGCGAGGAUGACGGAAUAGUGCUGUUUCGGAUGCCGAAACCGGGCGACUUGGAGCAAGCGAAACCCCGACCCGCGCCGACCUACAUCACCAAUAACCCUUACUGCACGGAUGCCCCGAAGGCGUCGUUCGUUAAGAGGGUCGCGAUGUACGGCCUCUUAAAAGUCGUGGCUGUUUCUUCCCAGGGCGGAAUUUGGCGGGCUCCCGAUGCAGACAUCGAGAGGGUCCUGAGAAAGGACCCUCGCGUUCCAUCCGAUAUAUCUGCCAUGCCUGGUGAUGCAUACGUCAAGGUCAUGGGGGAGGCUUUCCGUCGCCACCAAGAAGAAAGAUAUGAGAUCCAAAGGCAGGCUGAAGAAGAGUGCGAGGAUGAAGUCGCUGCCCCACAGGGGAAGCGCAGUCGGGUAGAUAUCAACUCUUGAUUUUGCAGGGCACGGUGCACGACCGACCGUAGACCGCGUGCAACCCCAUGGAUUUUGGUUUGGUUCAGGUCUCCAGGCCAUGAAUUUCGUUUUGGGGGAGGAAUCUGUGCCGGACUAAGUAUUGAGUUUUUUUAGCCGGACCCGCCGUCGAGUCUCAUUUAGCUAUGAUAUGUAGGUCGUGUUUUCACAGUUGAUUCCUGAGCAUGGUAGCAACCGGGAGUUACAUCCCUGCGGCCUUGCCCGAGCACUGGUAUUUUGUUGCACACCACCAGCGAGCGUACGUAAGUCUUGUGGGCUUGCGUGUUUGGUUGAAAGGGCGCAAGAUGCCGCAGCUGAUCUCUUGUGUGUCGUGUGAAGAGCUAGUUUAUUGUUGGCUGCCAAGCCAGUACUCAAGCCACCCACAACAAACUACGACGACAUUUGACUUUGCCAAGUAACUUCCGCAACAUUCCCCGCCGUGGCACAGCCACCGACAGACGUAGGAUCACCUGGGUGCUUGCUGAAUGUGCCACAGUGGCGGCUCGUCGGGAGGGGUGGUUGCCGCGUGCGUAGCGGACUGAAAAGCGCUUCGUAUGGUUGGGGUUAUGUGCUGUGGCGUAAAUAUCGUUUAUUUUAAGUAUAUAUGUACGCUAAGCCCAUUUUGAUUGCGUGCUGCAUACUUCGCAAUAAUGUCGAGGCGUGCUUCGAUAGUAAUAACCUGGAGCACUUUAAGGUUUUGAGGUCUGUUGCAACCGUGCAAGGAAAACCUGCUGAACGAUGCAAUUCGCUGCAGAUUCUCCGACCGUGGGGUAGAAGGAUUUGUCUCCAAGCGUGUGCUACAGUAUGUAGUGCGGUGGUAUCAGGGAUUUACUCCUGUGUGAUUCAGCCGGGGUCCAAACGAUAAGAAAAAGGAGAGGAGCAUGCGUCAAAGGUGACAAAGCUUCCAUCAGUACUACGGUGCAUUCGGCUUCGGUUUCUCCGCGAGAGACAUCAGCAGGUUCUAUUGUAGAGUAGUCCAAAGUUGCACAAUUUUGUUGUGAUCACUCACGAAGUAGUAGGCUGGCAUCAAGCAACAACACCGAAGUACUCGCCUGGGUAACAUCGAAGCCCGAUGUCAGCCACACAACGAGCCCUUCUCGGUCCACCUUGCCGCGAUCAGCGGGAUCGAGCCUCUCCGCCAGAAGUUUGGCGUCUUCGCUAGACACUCUAGCACCCACCCUUUGGAGCUUCAAGUACCGGCGGGGGGGAGGAAGGGGACAACGGGAAUAUUGGCCGGUAGAAGACAGGGCAUCGUGAAUGUACCAGAAGCCCAACUUGCA